AUAGGCCGGGGCAGGUCGCGCUUGCUGCCUUCCCUGAAGAGACGCGGGGGGAGGGGGGUGCGGCGAGCGGCUCCUCUCUCUCCCCACCGCUCCGCUCGCGCCCCAGUGUAAUGAGGGUCACCCCCUCCCCCCAGCUGGCCCGGGAGGGGGCGCGGGGCACGGUUGAUGCUGGCCCAGGAUGGAUCAGACCUGUGAACUAUCUAGAAGAAAUUGUCUGCUGCCCUUUUCCAAUCCAGUGAAUUUAGAUGCCCCUGCAGACAAGGACAGCCCUUUCGGUAAUGGUCAAUCCAAUUUUUCUGAGCCACUUAAUGGGUGUACUAUGCAGUUAUCGGCUGCCAGUGGAACAUCCCAAAAUGCUUAUGGACAAGAUUCUCCAUCUUGUUACAUUCCACUGCGGAGACUACAGGAUUUGGCCUCCAUGAUCAAUGUAGAAUAUUUAAAUGGGUCUGCUGAUGGAUCAGAAUCCUUUCAAGACCCUGAGAAAAGUGAUUCAAGAGCUCAGUCGCCAAUUGUUUGCACUUCCUUGAGUCCUGGUGGUCCAACAGCACUUGCUAUGAAACAGGAACCCUCUUGUAAUAACUCCCCUGAACUGCAGUUAAAAGUAACAAAGACGAUCAAGAAUGGCUUUCUGCACUUUGAGAAUUUUACUUGUGUGGACGAUGUAGAUUCUGAAAUGGACCCAGAACAGCCAGUCACAGAGGAUGAGAGUAUAGAGGAGAUCUUUGAGGAAACUCAGACCAAUGCCACCUGCAAUUAUGAGCCUAAAUCAGAGAAUGGUGUAGAAAUGGCCAUGGGAAGUGAACAAGACAGCACAACAGAGAGUAGACACGGUGCAGUCAAAUCGCCAUUCUUGCCAUUAGCUCCUCAAACUGAAACGCAGAAAAAUAAGCAAAGAAGUGAAGUGGACGGCAGCAAUGAAAAAACAGCCCUUCUCCCAGCCCCCUUUUCACUAGGAGAUACAAACGUUACCAUAGAAGAGCAAUUAAACUCAAUAAAUUUAUCUUUUCAGGAUGAUCCAGACUCCAGCACCAGUACAUUAGGAAACAUGCUAGAAUUACCUGGAACUUCAUCAUCAUCUACUUCACAGGAAUUGCCAUUUUGUCAACCCAAGAAAAAGUCUACACCACUGAAGUAUGAAGUUGGAGAUCUCAUUUGGGCAAAAUUCAAGAGACGCCCAUGGUGGCCCUGCAGGAUUUGUUCUGAUCCAUUGAUUAACACGCACUCAAAAAUGAAAGUUGCCAAUCGGAGACCAUAUCGGGAAUAUUACGUGGAGGCUUUUGGAGACCCUUCUGAAAGAGCCUGGGUGGCUGGAAAAGCAAUCGUCAUGUUUGAAGGCAGGCAUCAAUUUGAAGAACUACCUGUCCUUAGGAAAAGAGGAAAGCAGAAAGAAAAAGGAUAUAGGCAUAAGGUUCCUCAGAAAAUUUUGAGUAAAUGGGAAGCCAGUGUUGGUCUUGCUGAACAAUAUGAUGUUCCUAAAGGGUCAAAGAACCGAAAAUGUGUCACUAGUUCAGGCAAGUUGGACAGUGAGGAGGAUAUGCCAUUUGAGGACUGUGCAAAUGAUCCAGAAUCAGAACAUGAUCUGUUGCUUAAUGGCUGCUUGAAAUCUCUGGCUUUUGAUUCUGAGCAUUCUGCAGAUGAGAAGGAAAAGCCCUGUGCUAAGUCUCGAGCCAGAAAGAGCUCUGAUAAUCCAAAAAGGACUAGUGUGAAAAAAAGCGUCAUGCAAUUUGAAGCACAUAAGGAAGAACGGAGGGGUAAGAUUCCAGAGAACCUUGCCCUAAACUUUAUCUCUGGGGAUGUAUCUGAUAAGCAGGCCUCUAAUGAACUUUCAAGGAUAGCAAACAGCCUCACAGGGUCCAGCACUGCCCCAGGAAGUUUCCUGUUUUCUUCGUGUGGCAAAAACAGUGCAAAGAAAGAAUUUGAGACUCCAAAUUGUGAUUCUUUAUUGGGCUUGUCUGAGGGUGCCUUGAUCUCUAAACAUUCUGGGGAGAAAAAGAAACUUCAGCGAGGUCUGGUGUGUAGUUCAAAAGUACAGCUCUGUUAUAUUGGAGCUGGUGAUGAGGAAAAGCGAAGCGAUUCCAUCAGUAUCUGUACCACUUCUGAUGAUGGAAGUAGUGAUCUGGACCCUGUAGAACACAGCUCAGAGUCUGAUAACAGUGUCCUUGAAAUUACAGAUACGUUUGAUAGAAGAGAGAACAUGUUAUCCAUGCAGAAAAAUGAAAAGAUGAAGUAUUCUAGGUAUCCUGCCACAAACACUAGGGUGAAAGCAAAACAGAAAUCUCUGAUUAACUCACAUACAGACCACUUACUAGAUUGUACAAAGACAGUAGAUCCUGGAACUGAGACAUCUCAGGUUAAUCUCACUGAUAUUAAAGUGUCCACUCUCGUCCACAAAACCCAAUCGGAGUUUAGAAAUGAUGGUCUCUCUCCAAAACUUAACACACCAUCAAGCAUUUCCAGUGAAAACACACUGAUAAAGGGUGGUACUACAAAUCAAGCUCUGUUACAUUUGAAAAGCAAACAGCCCAAGUUCCGAAGUAUAAAGUGUAAACAUAAAGAAAAUCCAGUUAUAGUAGAACCCCAAGGUACAAAUGAGGACUGUGGUUUGAAAUGCUUCUCUUCUGAUACCAAAGGCUCUCCUUUGGCCAGCAUUUCUAAAACUGGAAAGGUGGAUGGGCUAAAACUACUGAACAACAUGCAUGAGAAAACCAGGGAUUCAAGUGACAUAGAAACAGCAGUAGUUAAACAUGUUCUAUCUGAAUUGAAGGAACUCUCUUACAGAUCCUUAAGUGAUGAUGUCAGUGACUCUGGAACAUCAAAGCCAUCAAAACCGUUACUUUUUUCUUCUGCUUCUAGUCAGAAUCAUAUACCUAUUGAACCAGACUACAAGUUUAGUACAUUGCUAAUGAUGUUGAAAGAUAUGCAUGAUAGUAAGACCAAGGAGCAAAGGUUGAUGACUGCUCAAAAUUUGGUCUCUUAUCGAAGUCCUGUUCGUGGCGACUGUUCUACUACCAGUAGUCCUGUGGCAGCAUCUAAGGUUUUGGUUUCAGGAGGCUCCACCCACAAUUCAGAAAAAAAUGGAGAGGGCACUCAGGACUCAGCCCAUCCUAACUCUAGUGGUGACUCUGUGCUCUCUGGGGAAUUGUCUGCCUCCUUGCCUGGCAUAGUGUCUGACAUACGAGACCUUCCUGCUUCUGGCAAAAGUCGUCCCAACUGUGUUACCAGGCGCAACUGUGCCCGAUCAAAACCAUCCUCCAAAUUUCGAGAUGUGUUUUCAGCCCAGGUGGCAAAGAAUACAAUGAACCGGAAAGCCUUAAAGACAGAGCGAAAAAGAAAACUGAACCAGAACCGGCUUCCAGCUGUGACUCUGGAGACUGCACUGCAGGGAGACACAGAGAGUGGAUGCUCUGUGAAUGGCCCAUCCAAGGGUGGGGUAGAAGAUCUUGGUAAAGAAGAAACUCUUCAAUUAACAGGACAUUUAAAAAGUGAAGAUGCUCAGUUUUCUGAUGUACAUUUUGAUAAACAGUCUGAACCUGAUAAAAUUCUUGUAAAGGGUUCCCCCUUUGAGAACAGAAAAGGCCCAGAGCUGGACUCUGAAAUGAAUAGUGAGAAUGAUGAACUAAAUGGGGUAAAUCAAGUGGUGCCUAAAAAGCGGUGGCAGCGUUUAAACCAAAGGCGCACAAAACCUGGAAAGCGCACUAACAGGUUUAAGGAGAAAGAGAACUCUGAGGGUGCCUUUGGGGUCUUGCUUCCUAGUGACCCUGUUCAGAAGGGUCGGGAUGAUUUCCCAGAGAAUAGAACUCCAACAUCUACAAACAUACUAGAGGACUCACUGACAGAUCCAAAUCAUGCUAGCCACUUAGAUUCAGUUGGUCCGCCCUUGAAUGUUUGUGAUAAAUCCAGUGCAAGCGUGGAAGAUAUGGAAAAGGAGCCAGUAAUUCCCAGUUUGACACCCCAGGCUGAGCUCCCUGAACCAGCUGUGCGAUCAGAGAAGAAACGCCUCAGGAAGCCCAGCAAGUGGCUUCUGGAAUAUACAGAAGAAUAUGAUCAGAUAUUUGCUCCUAAGAAAAAAAAGAAGGUACAGGAACAGGUACACAAGGUAAGUUCCCGCUGUGAAGAGGAAAACCUUGUAGCCCGAUGUCGAACUAGUGCUCAGAACAAGCAGGUGGAUGAGAAUUCUUUGAUUUCAACCAAAGAAGAGCCUCCAGUUCUUGAAAGGGAGGCUCCAUUUUUGGAGGGUCCCUUGGCUCAGUCAGAACUUGGAGGUGGACAUGCUGAGUUGCCACAGCUAACCUUGUCUGUUCCUGUGGCUCCAGAAGUCUCCCUACGACCUGCCCUUGAGUCUGAGGAAUUGCUUGUUAAAACACCAGGAAAUUAUGAAAGUAAGCGUCAAAGAAAACCAACAAAGAAACUUCUUGAAUCCAAUGAUUUAGACCCUGGAUUUAUGCCUAAGAAGGGAGACCUUGGCUUUUCUAAAAAGUGUUAUGAUGCUGGUCACUUCGAGAAUGGCAUUUCUAAUUCAUGUGCUGCAUCUCAUUUAAAAGAGUUUGUUGGAGGCACUACCAAGAUAUUUGAUAAGCCAAGAAAGCGAAAACGACAGAGGCAUGUUACAACUAAAGUGCAGUGUAAAAAAGUGAAAAAUGAUGACUCAUCAAAAGGAAUUCCAAACUCAGAGGGAGAACUGAUGACUCACAGGACGGAUGCAACUCCCAAGGAGACUGUUGAGGAGGGUGUAGAACAUGACUCUGGAAUGUCUGCAUCUAAAAAAAUGCAGGGUGAACGAGGUGGAGGAGCUGCCCUCAAGGAGAAUGUUUGUCAGAACUGUGAGAAACUUGGUGAGCUGCUCUUAUGUGAGGCUCAGUGCUGUGGGGCUUUCCAUCUGGAGUGCCUUGGCUUAACUGAGAUGCCAAGAGGAAAAUUUAUCUGCAAUGAAUGUCGCACAGGAAUUCAUACCUGUUUUGUAUGUAAGCAAAGUGGGGAAGAUGUUAAAAGGUGCCUUUUGCCUUUGUGUGGAAAAUUUUACCAUGAAGAAUGUGUCCAGAAAUACCCACCAACUGUCAUGCAGAACAAGGGCUUUCGGUGCUCCCUCCACAUCUGUAUAACCUGCCAUGCUGCUAAUCCAGCCAGUGUUUCUGCAUCUAAAGGUCGUCUGAUGCGCUGUGUCCGCUGCCCUGUGGCAUACCAUGCUAAUGAUUUUUGUCUGGCUGCUGGGUCAAAGAUCCUUGCAUCUAAUAGUAUCAUCUGCCCUAAUCACUUUACCCCUAGGCGGGGCUGUCGAAAUCAUGAGCAUGUUAAUGUCAGCUGGUGUUUUGUAUGCUCAGAAGGAGGCAGCCUUCUGUGCUGUGAUUCUUGCCCUGCUGCUUUUCAUCGUGAAUGCCUGAAUAUUGAUAUCCCUGAAGGAAACUGGUAUUGCAAUGACUGUAAGGCAGGCAAAAAGCCACACUAUAGGGAGAUCGUGUGGGUAAAAGUUGGACGAUACAGGUGGUGGCCAGCUGAGAUCUGCCAUCCUCGAGCUGUUCCUUCCAAUAUUGAUAAGAUGAGACAUGAUGUGGGAGAGUUCCCUGUGCUCUUCUUUGGGUCCAAUGACUAUCUGUGGACUCAUCAGGCCCGAGUCUUUCCUUACAUGGAGGGAGAUGUGAGCAGCAAGGAUAAGAUGGGCAAAGGAGUGGAUGGAACAUAUAAAAAAGCUCUUCAGGAAGCUGCAGCAAGGUUUGAAGAGUUAAAAGCCCAGAAAGAGCUAAGACAGCUGCAGGAAGAUCGAAAGAAUGACAAAAAACCACCGCCUUAUAAACACAUAAAGGUUAACCGUCCUAUUGGCAGGGUACAGAUCUUUACUGCGGACUUGUCGGAAAUUCCCCGUUGCAACUGUAAAGCUACUGAUGAGAACCCCUGUGGGAUAGACUCUGAGUGCAUCAACCGCAUGCUGCUUUAUGAGUGUCACCCUACAGUAUGUCCUGCUGGAGGGCGUUGUCAAAAUCAGUGCUUCAGCAAGCGCCAGUAUCCAGAGGUUGAAAUUUUCCGCACAUUACAGAGGGGCUGGGGACUUCGGACAAAAACAGAUAUUAAAAAGGGUGAAUUUGUGAAUGAAUAUGUGGGUGAACUAAUAGAUGAAGAAGAGUGCAGAGCUCGAAUACGUUAUGCCCAAGAACAUGAUAUCACUAAUUUUUAUAUGCUUACCCUAGACAAAGACCGAAUCAUUGAUGCUGGUCCCAAAGGAAACUAUGCUCGCUUCAUGAAUCAUUGCUGCCAGCCUAACUGUGAAACACAGAAGUGGUCUGUGAAUGGUGAUACCCGUGUUGGACUUUUUGCCCUGAGUGACAUUAAAGCAGGCACUGAACUUACCUUCAAUUACAACUUAGAAUGUCUUGGGAACGGAAAGACUGUUUGCAAAUGUGGAGCCCCAAACUGCAGUGGCUUCUUGGGUGUCAGACCAAAGAAUCAACCUAUUGCUACAGAAGAAAAAUCAAAGAAAUUCAAGAAGAAGCAACAGGGGAAGCGCAGGAGCCAGGGUGAAAUCACUAAGGAACGAGAAGAUGAAUGUUUCAGCUGUGGGGAUGCUGGUCAGCUCGUCUCCUGCAAGAAACCAGGCUGCCCAAAAGUUUACCAUGCAGACUGUCUUAAUCUGACCAAGAGACCAGCAGGGAAGUGGGAGUGCCCUUGGCACCAAUGUGACGUCUGUGGGAAAGAAGCAGCCUCCUUCUGUGAGAUGUGCCCCAGCUCUUUUUGCAAGCAGCAUCGGGAAGGGAUGCUCUUCAUUUCCAAACUUGAUGGGCGUCUGUCUUGUACUGAACAUGACCCCUGUGGGCCCAACCCUCUGGAACCUGGGGAGAUCCGUGAGUAUGUGCCUCCCCCAGUGCCGAUGCCUCCAAGCCCCAGCUCACGCCUGGCAGAGCAAUCAUCAGAAAUGGCUGCUCAGGGGCCCAAGAUGUCAGAUAAGCCACCUGCUGAUGCCCAUCAGACGCUGCCACUCUCCAAAAAAGCUUUGGCAGGGACUUGUCAGARGCCAGUGCUAUCUGAAAGACCUCUGGAGAGAACUGACUCCAGCUCCCAGCUUUUAGAUAGGGUCAGAGACUUUGCAGGAUCAGGGACCAAAUCCCAGUCCUUGGUAUCCAGCCAGAGACCACUGGACAGACCACCAGCCGUGGAAGGACCAAGACCUCUGCUAUCUGACAAACCCUCUCCAGUGACCAGCCCAAGCUCCUCACCCUCAGUCAGGUCCCAACCACUGGAAAGACCUCUGGGGACAGCUGACCCAAGGCUGGAUAAAUCCAUAGGUGCUGCCAGCCCAAGGCCCCAUUCACUGGAGAAAGCCCCAGCCCCAACUGGCCUGAGACUUCCACCAACAGACAGACUGCUAGUCACCAGUAGUCCUAAACCCCCAACUUUCGACAGGCCCCCAGACAAAUCCCAUGCCUCUUUGUCCCAGAGACUUCCACCUCCUGAGAAAGUACUAUCAGCUGUGGUGCAGACCCUGGUAGCUAAAGAAAAAGCACUGAGGCCCGUGGACCAGAAUACUCAGUCAAAAAACAGAGCUGCUUUAGUGAUGGAUCUCAUAGACUUAACUCCUCGCCAGAAGGAGCGGGCAACUUCUCCUCAUGAGAUCACACCACAGGCUGAGGAAAAGGUGCCUGCGUUGGAGUCCAGCUCAUGGUCUGCCAGCAAAGGUCUGGGGCAUAUGUCUCGAGCUCUGGAUAAAGGCAGUGUGUCAGAUCCUCUUCUCCAACCAUCUGGGAAAACAGCACUCCCUUCAGAGCACCCCUGGCAAGCUGUUAAAUCACUCACCCAGGCCAGACUUCUUUCUCAGCCUCCUGCCAAGGCUUUUUUAUAUGAGCCAGCAACUCAGGCCUCAGGAAGAGUUCCUGCAGGGGCUGAGCAGACCCCAGGGCCUCCCAGUCAAGCAUCAGGCCUGGUGAAGCAGAUGGCCGGAGGUCAGCAACUACCUGGAUUUGCUGCCAAGAGUGGGCAGUCCUUCAGGUCUCUUGGGAAGGCCCCAGCCUCCCUCUCCACUGAAGAGAAGAAGUUGGCAACCACAGAACAGAGUCCUUGGUCCCUGGGAAAAACUUCAUCAGGGGCAGGGCUCUGGCCCAUAGUGGCUGGACAGACGUUGGCGCAGUCUUGCUGGUCUGCUGGAAGCACACAGACAUUGGCACAGACUUGCUGGUCCCUUGGAAGAGGGCAAGACCCCAAACCAGAGCAAAAUACACUUCCAGCUCUUAAUCAGGCUCCUUCCAAUCACAAGUGUGCAGAGUCAGAACAGAAAUAAUACCAGUAAAUGUUAUAUGACCUUACAAGCUGCCCCCAGGGUACCAUUUGGAGAGGGGAAUCUUUGUUUCUUCUUUUUGCCCCUUGAAAAACAGACCUACCCAACACUUUUCCACUGUUAUUCUUUCCUUAUAUCCCAACACUCAGAACUCUUGUGACAUUAGCCAGUGGGGGCUUAUGGUUGUGUGAACCAUGUAUGGAAAUCCAGUUGGCUCCAGCCAAGGAGACAGACAAACUUGAGUCUCUUGCCCCCAACUUUUACACAUGGUCAACUUAAAAUAAAAAGUCCACUUUGGAGUCAAGCAUGGAAUUCAAUCCCGCUGGUCAAGUUGGAAAGUUUAAUGGGCUCUUGGAGCUAUUCCCCAGCCCAACAGAGCUCUGUGGAAGAUACCCUUAGAACCCGUGGGAGGAACUGAUGUUCAUUCAAAUCAGUGGCCACUCCCUGAGCAUUCAUAUGUGCUAGGCCAGGGCUAGUCACUGAUGAGUGAUACAGAGAUACAUAAGAUUUGAUCCAUGAGAGCCUAACUUUUCUGCCUGGGUUUCCAGGCUGCUUUCAAGAACUUUUGACCAGGAAACAGUAGGAAAUACUGAGGGGCCCUGGGUUUCCAUGCUCAUUUUGAAAUGUUCUUUGUGGCUAUGGUGAGCAAGUAUCUCCUGGUUGGGACAUGCAUGCAUGUAUGUACAUGCAUGUAUCUUCAAAGCUCUCCUCUAUAGGCAGAAGGGUACUGUAUCAAGGCCAAAGAGGACUGUUGGCUGGCACAUCUAUGCUGCUUCUAUCUACAUUGUGCAAAGUCUGAAGACUUGUACUUGGAGCAGCAGCUAGCUAGUAGAGGGAGCUUGACUAUGAGAAUGUAGCUUUCCAGCAGUGGAAUUAGGCAAUUGGCAAGCUUAACUUUCUUUCUACCAGUUUUCCUCCUUUUACAUAAACCCACCCUGUUCCCAUUUCCUCAAACACUCAGGUGCUUUCAGAUUUCAGUCUCGGGCAGUGGACAUAGGGAAUUUCUGGCAAGCUCUUGUCUAGACAUACCAGCUUUAGGAAGGGUGCCAGAUGCUGAUGGAAAAUUAUUUCUCCCCUGGUCCUUUGCCCACCUAACUGAAUUGAGGGAGCUAGUUCUUCACCUCCCUGAGAAUUGCUGUGCUCUCUAUUGAGAUCACCUGCCUGCUGACUUAGCUCAAGGCAAGCCAGAAUCCUUCCCUAAGACUGGAGAGAUGUGUUGUGUGGAGCAAUGUCCAGUCUAAGAGAUGACUCCUCAUAACUGCUGAUUAUCUGUUACUGCUGCCCUGAGCUGGGGCCCAAGGGCUGGGAAAUCUGUUGGUGCUACCCUGCCCUAUCAUUCACCCAGCUCACUGACUGCCAACAGGAAAUGCUGUUUGGCUCGUUUUCUCCCAAUCACCCACCCCACCUUUGUCCCUAGACCAAACAUGUUUACCUCUCUGCUUUGCCAACUCAGCCAGCAGCUUUAGCCAACAGGCCAUCUUCUGGCCCAAAUGUCUCCCAGCCUUUCUGUCUCAGUUAAUGACUUUUACACUCUGAACAGGAUUCUGUAUUUUGUCCCAGUUUCCUUCUCCUAAGUUCUUACUGAAUUCCCAUCACUUCCAAGGGGAAGGAAUAAUAGUUAUAGAAGCAUUUGCGCUUUAUAAAAAGAUUGAAAAUAGAAUCUACUUUUAUUUCCCAAAGUCUGUCUCUGGGAUUGAGACACAUGAACUCAGGCAGAGGGAUGCGGCCGGGCAGGGCUGUCCCAAAUUUAGGGGCCUAUCCCUGCACUUCACUGAGACCUCAGAAUCUCCUCUGAAUUCCACCUGCCUAGUUCUCCCCUUUCAUCCUCUCUUCCCACAUCAUCAAAGAGGAAAAUCUUUGUUCAAAUGGAAGAGAAAACGUAAAGCAUAUUAUUAUUUUCUUUUAAAUAAUUUUAAACCAUGAAAAAGAUAUUUUUAACAAAAUUCACCCAGAACAUUACAGUUCAUUAUAUUAAGUAUUUAUCAUGUGUGAGAAUAAUAAAUAUAUAACUGCAGCUAGUAGGCCCCUUUCCUAAUCUCUUAGAUUGUGUGAAUAGGUUUGCUUGGUGCCAGUCCUGUGCCUGUUGCUCUCCUGUCAUCUGUAGUUGUGAUCAGAAAAAGAUAUCUGCACUGCACUGUCAAAAAAAAUCCUUUCACUAUGUUAUGUGUUCAAUUACCGUAGCUCUUUGUUUCAUGAAAUAAACUGUGAAUUUGGGCGGGUGGGGGGCGUGCAGGCUAUGUAAAAAAUUUAAGUGGAGAAGUUUGAUCCCAAACUAGCUUCUCUGAAGUAGGCUUUGGUAGGUAAUUGACUGACAGCUUUCUAGAAAUGUCUCACAGGACAGGAGGAAGUGAGAGAUAAGGGGCCGUGCCACUUUAGGCUACUUUCUGGUUUUGUUUUGGUUCUUUCCAUUCUCCACCAUUCACUGGAGGCUUGGUUCUAGAGCUGCCUGGGAAAACAACUUGAGCUAUGCACUUGGUUGGAGGGGACAGUUCUUAAUGGAUGGAUAGCCAGGCCUUUGCCCAGGGCUACUGAAAAGACUAAGGUUGUUGAAUGGAAACUAGAAAUUUGAGCCUUUGGGCCCACUGAUAAUGUAUGUGAAAUUGGAGAGUUGAAAUCAUGGAAGCACUCACUAUCCAAUAGAAGCAGAGUCAACAAAACUGCUCGAAAAUGACUYAUUAUGAAGGUGGGGAAAGGAUGACCCUACACCCAUUUUUGGUUUCAGGAAAAGUCAGCAAUGAGACCUUUCUUCAAGGGAGUUUGAAUUGGCAGUUAAAAGGAAUUCUUAUAUCUUAGAAACUUCUGAUCCUUGUGCAGGAUGGUAUAUUUUGGUGUUUGUUAUUUGGCUAAGUGCUUGGAAACUAGGAGCUCAAGAGAGUCUACCUGUGAGUAAGCUCCCCAGCCAGGAAGUAUUUUCAAGGGGCAAGCCAAAGGUGGAAAUGCCCCAUAGGUAGCUAGAAAACUAAUACCUCUCCUAGCCCUGUUAAGUCAGGAAAAUAAAAAAUUAUGGAAACUGUUGAAAUUUACAUUCAAAGCCUCAUUUGCUCCGCAUGUAGGAGCCAACCCCCCUUCUAAAAGAAAAUAGCUAUUAUUGCUACAAAAGCAUCCAUAUUUUUAGAAAUAUGCUUUCCUCUAAAGUUAUUGAGUUCAACAUUAACUUAAAUCACUGUGUCAAUCCUCUGCUAAACCAAAUCCACAUUUCUGACAUUAAUGAUAAGAUUUUAUUCUUCACAUCCUCCACCCCRCACUAUCGUCAGGGCAUGAAGUGUAGUAGCAACCCUCCCUGGCUGGGCACUGUCUGCUCACUGGAGCUGGACUCCUAGUUGUAUUCUAACGUUGCCUGGUGAAAGCAAAGGGCAAAAAGGAGGUCUGGUCCUGGCAGCUUCUCUUGUGAAAAGUAAUCGGAAAAACACUAAACUUGAUGGGUUUUACCCAUAGCUCCUAUAAAAGCGGGUUUUCUCUUAAGGCUUUUCUUGGGAUAUUGUCAUCCUUAUGGGAUUUGUCAUCAGGUCAGGAGGCCCAGUGUCCUAACUUCUGAUAUCACAGUAGGAAAGGAGCUGCUUCAAGCGCUUUUCCUGUUGAGUAACAUUUGAGCUGUUUGUGUGUGUUAGACAUUCCAGGUCAUUUAGAGCUAGGUAGCUGCUACAGGAGCUUUGGCUGUAGCCAGUUUGCUCUCAGCUGACUUCCUAGGCCAGUGCAGCAGGGCCAGAGAUUGCUGUAGUGUAAAUUGAAGUAUGAAUAGAUAAAUGCUUUGUACACAAAAAUGUAAUGAUGGUGCUAAUUUCAUGGUAUAAAUAAGCACUGCCAAGGGUUGAAGGACUGGUAACUUGAGAAAUCCAAACAGGUUCCUGUUUGAAAGAAAGAGAUUUCACAUAGCAAGAUUUCUUGGAGGCCCUGUGAGGGGUGGGGAGAAGGCAGUGUCUCAGUAAAGCCUGCACCCAGCCCUGGAGUGGUCCAGCACAAUCCAGAGGUGGAAGAGAUCCUGUAUCCAGAUGAAGGUGGCCAUUGAGUUUCUCAGGUCUGGGGUCACCUUGUCCGUAGCCUCCGUCCACACUGCCUGGAACAUGUUGGUAGAGAGCUCUGGGUGUGGGGUCUCCCUCCAUUACCUUCUGCCCCUCUACCUCUUCCACUCUUAUGGGAACACCUCUAUUGCUUAUGAAGAUUAAGGGUAUUAUUUCUUAAGGAAGUGGAAAGAGUUUAUUUUAAUUAGAAAUCCACAACCUCAGAAGAAAUGUUUCCUAUCAACAUAAGCAAAGCAACACAUGUUAAACUCUUCUGUGCUCCUUUCCCUAGGGCUACCUUCCCAGGAGUUUCAGAACAUUGGGCUACUGAGGGGCUCUAGGGAUAGCACUUGGGAUUUCAGCACAGCCUCAUGGACAGGGGCAAAAACAGGGAGCAGAAUAGAGUCCUGGUGUGUUAGGUUUCCAUGGCGGGCAGAACAAGCAGUCUUAAGGAUGAGGUGGUGCUGCCUGUGUGUGCAUGUAGGUGAAUGUGGAAGGUGGGUGAAUGCAGCACACAGAAGCUCAUGGAAGAGCAGCUUUCUAGGUCUUGGCAAAGAAACAAGCUGACAAGAGAUCUUUAUAUUUUUAAGAAGAGGGGGCAGGGGGUUCAGCCAAGGUCCAUCUCUGUUUUCCCCACUCCCCCACAGAUUGUCAGCUGGAAGUGAA